AUGGAAGAGGUACCGAGGAAUCAGAAGAUUUUCUUUCUUCGAUUCCAAAAAAUGUUCCGCGCAAUUUUCCUCGCUGUGAUGGUUCUCAUCGCUUUCGUUUCUGCCGGCGGCGACAGCUACGCCUCGUAAGUUCCUUCUCAUUAGAAAUUGAAACAAAUCGUUCAUUUCGAAGAAUUCAAGCGAUAAAAGAUGAAAAAAUCUUGUAAAUUCUAACGAAAUCAUUUGAAAAAAGAACUACAACGAAUUUAUUGAAAAAUGGUCGUAAAAUUCAUUUUUUUUUUUCUCCUUUUUAUGAGACUCUAUACAUUAUAACUCAAUAAAAACUUUCAAACUUGUCAAUUUUUCAAAGAGUAUAUGGGAAAUUUGAGAAGUUAUAGCGAUUCCUAAGGCAAAAAAGUUAAAUAAAUCCCUUUCGUCUUCAAAAAACCCGACCAGAUUCGAUUCUUCUAUGUGAAAAAUUAGCAAGAAAAUCAUAAACCUUUGAAAAUAAUUUCCCUGUAAGAGCAUUGUUUUCUACCUUCGAAGAAUCAAACUCUUCCUGAAAUUCAUGGAAAAAAUAGUUUCAAAAUACUAAUUUUCUCACUUUUCAGUGGCGGUCACCGUGAGAAGCGACUUUCUCCAGAUCAUGAGUGAGUUUAUUUUUUUCGGAAUUUAUAAAAAAAUUCCUAAACUUUUUAUGUGGAAUUUAUUUGAAAUUUACACAAAAUGACAAAUACACGAUCUGACGAAGAACAAGUAUAGCCGAUUCACGAGUGGCUUGAUCCAUCGAAAAAAGGGUCCUGACAAGAUAAUGCACGAGAGAUCGUCUGGCUCGUGGAGAGCACAGACAAGACACGCCCCUUAGCGUCUCAAGCUGGCCGUAAAUCAGCUAUAUAGUCCUCUUCAACUUUUCAUAACAUUUGUUUUUCCUAUGAGUCACAGUAAACCUUUUUCCUUCGAAGUUCGAGACCUGUCCCUAUGCAUGCGCCUUUAAUUGAGGCCUCCUUCCCUGUUAAAUUUUGAGGCUUUUUUUUCCAUUCAAAUUGGGAGGGUACAUUUUUCUGUUGAAAUUCGAAGCCUUCUUUACUUCCUUAAAUUGAAUUCGCAUGCACCAGGGCGGGCCAAGCGCUUCGAAUGAACUUGUACUGUAGUUCGGAAAAAAGGUCCAGCUGGCGCGGAAAGGGCUAGCCCGUUCCGGCUUGCCAUGAUUUUCAUUUUCCUCUGAUCUACAGAUCCCUUCCAUGAGGCUUCGAUGCUUGUCUUUUUGCAUGCGCCUUUAAUUUUGGCGCUGGCGGAGAAUGGGCUAUAUUGGUUCAGCAUUUUCGAACCAUCAGGACUAGGAUAGAAAAUUGCGACUAGAUAUACCCAAAGAAGUCGGAUUACUAAGAGCCAUUCAAAGUAAGUCCUCCACCUCAUCCCCAAUAUUUUCAGACGCGCUCCCCGCGGCUACCACGACGGUCACCACGGAGGAUACCAUGGCGGAGACCACGGAGGCCAUCACGGAGGCUUCCAUGGAGGCUACCACGGCGGACACCACUAA